GGACGUAAAAACCUUCUCUCUCUCUCUCUCUCUCUCUCUCUCUCUGCCACGUGUACAGACUCAUCGCCAUUAACGAUGGCUCUCCUUCUGCUCUACUCCUCGCUCAUUGCUCUCAUUCUUGCUUUUCCUCUCCUCCACCGCUCAUCGGCGGCGGCGAAGCAACCGCCGGAGUCGUGCACCGACUACCUCGUGAAGUUCUCGCCGUGUCUGUCCUACGUGUCGUCGCCGCCGAACAAUCUCUCCGACGUCGUACCUUCCAGAUGCUGCGAAUCGUUCUCGUCGGCGUUCGACACCGGCGAGGCAAUCUGCCUCUGCUACCUUCUUCAAGAGCCUCGCAUUUUCGGUUUCCCGAUCGACGAGGCCAGAGUGCUCUCUCUGUCUUCGGUUUGCCCACUGAGCAACGAUAGCUCAGCGAGGAGUGGCUCUUUGCAGUCUCUUUGCUCUGGGUCUGAAACUCUGCCUCCCCUAUACAGCGCAACAAUUUCAGGGAUUUCAGGUCCUUCUACUGCUUCUGGUCCUGAUAAUGAAUCAUCUCCUAAAAUCAGAACACCACCACAGCCCAAGAAUUCAAGCUUCCCACCAGAAGUCGUCAUGAAACCACCACCACCACCACCAGACUCACCUACAGAAGAAGUGCCAAGUUCUGCAGCAAAGAAUCAAUUCUGCUGUUACUUUUGUUGUUUGGUUCCUGGCAUACUGAUUUUCCUUCAUUUUCCAUUUUGGCUCUUUCUAUGAUCAUUUGUAAGGGGAGUUAUAUGACUGUAUAGAUUGAAAUUUU